AUGGCCAAUCCACAGCCCACCAAUGGGGUCACCACCGAGCCCGUGCUCUCCGAGAUCUUCAACACUCUCAAGAAGAUACAGCUUGACCAGGCAAAUCUAGCUGCCGUCGUGGAGUCCAUCCAGAGCAGAGUCGACACCUCGCAGUCGGUGAGCCAACUGCGCGGCGCUUCCCAGUCUCGCACAAGCAUCAGAGACUCGCCCAGCUUGGAUCCCAUCCAGCUGGGCAAGUCGGCGAGCGGCGCCGCUUCUCCUCCCACAGACUCCAGCCUGGCUCCCAAGGCACCUUCAUCGCCCACGGCGCCAGCGAGGAAAUCAUCCGUCACGUCGCGCAUCAUCCUCACCACCUACCCGGGCCAGUCGGGGAUCGACCCUAUCCCGCUUGAUUGGGGAGAACCCAACCCCGUCAAACGUGGGCCCGUGGUGGUGAGCCGCCACCACAACACGAUCCGUCGGCGGAACGCCAUUGGCGCCCACGGGGGUUCCUACAGCAUCUACCACGCCCUGGCGGUCGCGAGCAACAAUCUCGACCUGGAGCACAAACCGGACUUCACCAACACCGAACCGGCGGCCAACAUCGGGCCCUUCCCAGCAUGGGGCGACAAGAAGAAAAUCGUCGCCAUGGACCCCUUUGGCCACCUGGCCCCCUGGCUAUACAAGGACCUCAUGCAGUCGCAGGACAUUGACAUCCGCCCCACCAUCGCCGUGACCAAGGCGCACAUGAAGAUCCCCGAACUCGAACAAUCCGUCAAGGCCGGCCGCUUGAAACCGGACGGGCGAAUCUGCCUCAACGAGACCGGGGAAUUGAACGUCACCAAAUUCGCCGUCGAGCCCGUCUGGUAUCUGCCCGGGGUGGCGGAGCGGUUCGGGAUCCAGGAAUCCGCGCUGCGCCGCGCCCUCUUCGAACACACGGGCGGCUCGUACCCGGAGCUGGUGACGCGCAACGACAUCAAGGUGUUUCUUCCCCCCAUCGGGGGUUUGACGGUGUACUGUUUCGGCGACCCGGUCAAGAUGGCGGACCCCAACGUGCGGCUGGCGCUGCGGGUGCACGACGAGUGCAACGGCAGCGACGUGUUCGGGUCCGACAUCUGCACGUGCCGGCCCUAUCUGAUCUUCGGGAUCGAGGAGGCCGUCAAGGAAGCCCAAAAGGGCGGGUCGGGAGUCGUCAUCUACUUCCGCAAGGAAGGUCGCGCGCUGGGCGAGGUCACAAAGUACCUGGUGUACAACGCGCGCAAGCGCGGCGCCGACCGGGCCAGCGAGUACUUCAAGCGCACCGAGAACAUUGCGGGCGUCAAGGACAUGCGGUUCCAGGCACUCAUGCCCGACAUCCUGCACUGGCUGGGCAUCACAAAGAUCGACCGCAUGCUGUCCAUGUCCAACAUGAAGCACGACGCCAUUGUCGAGCAAGGCAUCCCCAUCCUCGAGCGCGUCCCCAUCCCCGACGACAUGAUCCCCGAGGACUCGCGCGUCGAGAUCGACGCAAAGAUCCACGCCGGCUACUUUACCACCGGCAAGGUCAUGUCCAUCGACGAGUUGAACGCCGUCCAGGGCCGAAGUUGGGACGAUAUUGAGCAUUAG